AAGAAGUUUUAGCGCGGGGCAACUGGUCCCGCGAUACGUCUUGUGUUUAAACCGAUCUCCGUUAAUAGUGCGGCGAAAAACGAUGUGGAAGCUUCUGUGGACCGCCACGCUUGUGGCGGCCCUCUCAACGUGCCAUGGGCACGAGAGAAGCAAAAGGGCAAUAUACGGUUAUGCACAGCCUCAAGAAACGUUCGAAGGCUAUGAUUAUUCCCCGCCGAAGAACCCACUCGUUCUUCCAACCAGUAACGAGCAAGUCACUGAAAAACCUGGAAUACCUGAAUACAACUAUCCAACACCGAUAAAUCAAAUCACGCUACCAACGAGGCCACCCCCACCACCGCCAACACCGUCACCGAGGCCACCGCAACCUCCGGUUCAAACGAGACCACCACCAACAUCUCAAGUGACUGGAUACGACUAUCCAAAACCAGAAAAACCGUUUCCACCACCACAAAGACCCACGCCACCACCGGUGAUCCAGACAAGGCCAACGCCUCCGCCUGUAAUUCAAACACGGCCACCACCACCUCGAGUACAGACUAGACCACCACCAAUAAUUCAAACGAGGCCUCCACCGCCACCACAGAGACCAGAAUAUAAUUACCCUCAACCAAAUAACCCAUUCCCGUUGCCAGUAAGACCAACAUCACCACCUGUAAUUCAAACACGGCCACCACCGCCUCCAGUACAGACCAGACCACCACCGGUGAUCCAGACGAGGCCACCACCUCCACCUGUGAUUCAAACGAGGCCUCCACCACCUCAGAGACCAGAAUACGAAUACCCUCGACCAAAUAACCCACUCCCGUUACCAGCAAGACCAACAUCACCACCUGUAAUUCAAACACGGCCACCACCACCUCCGAUACAGACCAGACCACCACCAAUAAUCCAAACAAGACCUCCUCCAAGGCCAUCAACAGAAAAACCUGGGUACAGCUAUCCAACUCCACAGGAGCCAUUCUCUUUUCCGAGCACAACCAGUAGGCCAUACACUUAUCAAACUCUAAGCACAACUAGUAGGCCAUACACUUAUCAAACUCCAAGCACAACUAGUAGGCCAUACACUUAUCAAACUCCAAGCACAACUAGUAGGCCAUACACUUAUCAAACUCCAAGCACAACUAGUAGGCCAUACACUUAUCAAACUCCAAGCACAACUAGUAGGCCAUACACUUAUCAAACUCCAAGCACAACUAGUAGGCCAUACACUUAUCAAACUCCAAGCACAACUAGUAGGCCAUACACUUAUCAAACUCCGAGCACAACCAGUAGGCCAUACACUUAUCAAACUCCAAGCACAACUAGUAGGCCAUAUACUUAUCAAACUCCAAGCACAACUAGUAGGCCAUACACUUAUCAAACUCCAAGCACAACUAGUAGGCCAUACACUUAUCAAACUCCGAGCACAACCAGUAGGCCAUACACUUAUCAAACUCCAAGCACAACUAGUAGGCCAUACACUUAUCAAACUCCGAGCACAACCAGUAGGCCAUACACUUAUCAAACUCCAAGCACAACUAGUAGGCCAUACACUUAUCAAACUCCAAGCACAACUAGUAGGCCAUACACUUAUCAAACUCCAAGCACAACUAGUAGGCCAUAUACUUAUCAAACUCCAAGCACAACUAGUAGGCCAUACACUUAUCAAACUCCGAGCACAACCAGUAGGCCAUACACUUAUCAAACUCCAAGCACAACUAGUAGGCCAUACACUUAUCAAACUCCAAGCACAACUAGUAGGCCAUAUACUUAUCAAACUCCAAGCACAACUAGUAGGCCAUACACUUAUCAAACUCCGAGCACAACCAGUAGGCCAUACACUUAUCAAACUCCAAGCACAACUAGUAGGCCAUACACUUAUCAAACUCCGAGCACAACCAGUAGGCCAUACACUUAUCAAACUCCAAGCACAACUAGUAGGCCAUAUACUUAUCAAACUCCGAGCACAACUAUUAGACCAUACACUUAUCAAACUCCGAGUACAACCAGUAAGCCAUUUACAUAUCAGCCGUCAAGUACACCAGCACCAUUCCAAGGAUCCACUUAUCUGCCUCCACUGGACACAACAAAGCCGCAACCGAAGCCAUACCAGCCUCCGACCCCAUCUCUACCACCAUUCCGGCCUUCGUACCAACCACCAACACCAACACGACCACCUUACCAACCACCGACACAAACACCAACACGACCACCCUAUCAACCACCAACACCACCACCUUACCAACCACCAACCCCGACAAGACCCCCAUAUCAGCCGUCAACCUCAAGGCCAUCUCCUUAUCUACCUCCGAAUCCACCUCCGACGCCGACACGACCUCCCUAUCAACCUCCAACGCCAACACGACCACCUUACCAACCCCCAACUCCGACCAGGCCUCCAUAUGUGCCUCCUUAUCAGCCACCGACCCCGAACAAACCACCAACUCCCCAACAACCUGUUACAAGACCUCCACCAUAUUUACCUCCGUCCUCUGAAAGACCUGCUUACACAAGAAUCGAUGUCCCGCCAAAUCCUACUGUACUUUACAGCAUUACACCUAGCACUACUAGCCCACGACCUGUGACAGGCAGUCCAUAUUCACCACCGACAAUCCCUACACCCACAUCGCCGAAAAAUGAUGGAUAUCACUACGCGAUUCCUGACAUACCAUUCGAUUACUAAAAUUCGGAAUUCAAGUAAGUUAGUACUAUUGUUCGUAUUGCAGUAGUUCGAUACCAUAAUAAAAAUUCGUUUAUAUAAACGGACGAUACUUGUUUUUUAAGAAAACUAUAGGAAAGUAAUUGCUGUCGUCAAAUGUAUUCUCUAACAAGACAAACUCUUUUUAUACCUUUAUGUGCAAUGUAUGUUAUUACGAAAUGAAUAAAACACAUAUCGUUAGUAA